AUGACUCGAAAAAAGAAAUCUAUUCCAAUCCACGCCAAUCGGAGGCCAAUCGAUAUCAACGCUUGGAUACUCGGAAGCAGUAUUGCGUCCUUAGCCUCAGCAGUUCAUUUAAUUGCGGAAGCCAAUGUUCCUGCCCCUCAGAUCCAUAUACUAGAGUCUCGAAACACUCCUGGAGAUGGCAUAACCACCAUUGGCGAUUGGGUGAAUGGAUACGACCUGAGGCCUGGAUGUUUACCGAAUUUUCAUACUGGUUGCAUGGAAAAGCUGCUCGCUUUAGUACCUUCCGCCAACGUUGCUGGAAGUACACUCUUGAACGAAAUAGAAGAAUUCAGACACCGCAAAACCAACGACGAUGCCCCUGCCACACAUAUCUUGACCAAAGGAGAAAAGGGAAUCAAGAGAAUGGAAACCACAGGCCUCGGCCUGAACCUAAGAGAUCGAAUGAAAGUGAUGAUGCUCAUGUUGCGGUCCGAAGAAGGCUUAGCCAGAAGACGAAUUGAUCAGUUUUUCAGCAAAUACUUUUUUGAAAAAUUUAAGAACCUGAACGUCCGGAAGCCUCUUGACUGUACCCAGUUUAAUCAAUUCGAGUGGAUCGUCAGGCCGAUCAUCCGGUUUCUUCAAAACCAAGGAGUUGAUUUUCGACUUUGUACCAAGGUGACGGAUAUCGUGUCUCGUUCCGACAGAGACGUGCAAACCAUUUCAGCAAUUCAUGUAUCAAUUGAUAGUUUUGAGGAAAAGAUUACUCUUCUUCCGGACGAUAUCGUUAUCGCUUCCCUCGGAUCGGUCACCUCGGGCUCAUUGAGUGGUACCAACGAUCGCCCACCCGUUCGGGAGUCCAUGACAGCCGAAAGCGAUUUGUGUGAAAACUGGUCACUCUGGCUGACUCUGGGCACAAAGUACCCGAAUUUUGGUGAUCCGUACAAUUUCUGUACUCGAGUUGCCGAGUCCAGGUUGGGAGCAUUCACAGUUACCCUCAGAGAUCCCGAGUUCUUUGAGCGCUUCGCUGUUUUGACGCGUGACAAGCCUGGAACGGGAAAUCUAGUAUCGCUCAAAGAUAGCAACUGGAAGAUUAAUGUGUGCCUACUCCGCCAACCGUUUUUUACCGAUCAGCCUGAAGACAUACAAAUCUUCUGGGGAUAUUGCCUUUGUCCAGAACGCGAGGGUCAGUUUGUGAGAAAGCCAAUGCUUUACUGUUCGGGACAAGAAAUAAUAGCAGAACUACUGUGGCACCUCGAAUUUCCGUCGAAAUCAAUCCUCAAGAAUUCCACUACCAUCCCGUGUGUGAUGCCACGCAGAACAACGUCCCUCCUGCCUCGGAUUCGUGGAGAUCGUCCAAAGGUGAUUCCAGAAAACAUGGCCAAUCUCGCUGUGAUCGGCCAGUUUGCGGAAAUACCAGAUUGGACAACCGCUAGUAUGGACUAUGGAGUACUGGGGGCGCAGUUAGCAUCCAAGGGCCAGAUAUUAUGA